UGUCCCUCCUGUGGUCCCUCCAGUCGUUCUCCAUCGCCAGGAGAAUUGAGUGAUCUGUUCUCAUUUUGCACAGCCUUGUCCAUCUCGGCGUGUGUGAGGUUACUUUGUUGCAUUUCCUGGUGUCGAGGAUCAUAUCAUAACCCAGCUGUGCUGUUCUGGGGAAGCAGGGAAGCCAAUGAAUUGGAAAGACAACGGACAAGACCACUGCAUUCAAACACAGUCGGCGAAACGAAACAGGCAGAAUUGAAGAUCCUGGAAGUCCCAGUUCAGGAUCCGAUUUACUGAAAGGAUGAGGGAAUGUCAUGGGUGACAGUCUACAUGGAUUACGCGUGUUCUUGUUAAAAGCAACACUCCAACAAGCAGCGGGCUUGCUAGCUGACCAGAUGCCAAGUGAGGGCUGGUUAGCUACGUUAUUUAGCAAGCUACAUUAAUUGGAAUAUUGGAUUUCCACCUUGUUCAUCUAAAUAACCAGUAUUUUAGAAGUGUAUUCAGUAAUGUUUCACUGAGGAAACGUUUCUGUGUUUUGAAUAAGGUUUAGUUUACUGUGGCAUAACGGAGAAGCUACGAGGACGACUCUCAGCUGAUUAUUGACUGUUUUUGGUGUAUUUUGCUGAUCAAAUGGAUUUAAUGUAAUCUCACAAACAACUGCUGGAUUUAUAUAUUUUUUGUAUCGUGUUCAAAGUAUCAAAGUCGAAUGCGAAUAUAGAAGGCUACACUGUCAAAUUCGAAGGAUCGAACAUUUGCCUGAAACAGCUGUGCUAUUUUGCUGUCAAGUUCUGAAACUGCAUAGAUAGCUGGCUUUUUUGACAUAUCAACGUGCAAUACAAAAAUAGACAAUGUGUGAUUAGCUCUUCGUAUCUCUUAAAGCAGCUCGCGCGCUGUCGGUUCUUUCUUUGCACCUCAGGAACUGGCAACAGUAUAGCUUUACAGCCCAUCAUCCUUGUUACAUAAUCGACUCCAAGUUUACAGCAUCUCAACUGGGAAAAUGAAGAAGUUUUUUGAUUCACGGAGGGAAUUGGUCAGCUCUGGACCAGGAUCGGGUGGUGGGGGUGGCACUGGAUCCAGCAGUGGUGGUAGCUACAUUGGACGGGUCUUCAGCAUAGGACGCUACCAAGUAACCGUGGAAGAGACCGUGGCCGAGGGUGGGUUCGCCAUCGUGUUCUUGGUGCGCACUCACCAGGGGGUGCGCUGUGCCCUCAAGAGGAUGUACGUCAACAACGAGCACGACCUGCAGGUCUGCAAACUCGAGAUCCAGAUCAUGAGGGACCUUGUGGGUCACAAGAACAUUGUGGGCUUCCUGGACUCCAGUGUGACGGCCACAAGUGGUGUGUGGGAGGUGCUGAUCCUCAUGGACUUCUGCCGUGGUGGGCAGGUGGUGAAUCUGAUGAACCAGCGCCUCCAGACGGGCUUCACAGAGCCAGAGGUGCUGCAGAUCUUCUGUGACACGUGUGAGGCCGUGUCGCGCCUGCACCAGUGCAAAGCUCCCAUCAUCCACCGGGACCUGAAGGUGGAGAACAUCCUACUGCAUGACCGGGGCCACUACGUCCUCUGUGAUUUCGGCAGCGCCACCAAUCGCUUUCAGAACCCCCAGGCAGAGGGUGUGCCCGCAGUCGACGAGGAGAUCAAGAAGUACACAACCUUAUCAUACCGAGCACCUGAAAUGGUCAACCUCUAUGGCGGAAAGGUCAUCACCACCAAGGCGGAUGUCUGGGCCAUGGGCUGCCUGCUGUAUAAGCUGUGCUACUUCACGCUGCCCUUUGGGGAGAGCCAGGUAGCCAUCUGUGACGGCAGCUUCACCAUCCCAGACAACUCGCGAUACUCGCAGGACAUGCACUGCCUCAUCCGAUACAUGUUGGAGCCUGACCCUGAAAAGAGACCGGAUAUAUACCAGGUGUCCUACUUUGCCUUCAAGCUGGCCCGGCGGGAGUGUCCUGUUCAGAACGUGAAUAGUUCGCCCAUUCCUGCAAAACUCCCUGAGCCAAUCAAAGCCAGCGAAGCCGUCGCAAAGAAAAGCCAGACCAAAGCCAGGCUCACAGACCCAGUCCCCACCAUGGAGACCUCCAUCGCCCCGCGCCAGCGCCCCAAAGCUGCCCAGGCUCAGCCAAUCACAGGCAUCCUUCCCAUCCAGCCCGCCCUCACUCCUCGCAAACGGGCCAAUGCAGCACCUGGAGCCACUCCAUCCAUCAGUGUGAACAUCAACACUGCCCCACCCACUCCCGUAGUCCAAGCGCAGAGGUCCCAGCCACAGCAGGUGCCUGUCGCUCCACAACAAGCCACUCCCACACCUGUGCAGGCCACUCCCUCUCCGCCACAGGCCACACCCCAGCUGUUUGUCAAGCAGCCUCCAGCAGCCGCGUUCUUCUCUGCCCAGCAACAGCAGCAGGGUCGGGGGAUGCAUAAGGUGGGCUCUCUGACGCCCCCCUCCUCCCCCAAGUCGGCCCCCAAGUCCGGUCACCGGCGCAUCCUGAGCGACGUGACGCACAGCGCCGUGUUCGGCGUGCCGGUCAGCCACUCCACCCAGCUGCUGCAGGCGGCCGCGGCAGAGGCCAGCCUCAACAAGUCCAAGUCAGCUAGCACCACGCCCUCGGGCUCCCCGCGCUCCUCCCAGCAGUGUGUGUACCAGCCUGCAGAUGGCAGUGCCCCCUCUGCCCCCUCUGCCCCCUCUGCCCCCUGUGCCCCCUCCGCCGCCCCGGGGGCGCCCCAGUCCUCCUGGAACCCCUUCGGGGACGACAACUUCUCCAAACUCACCGCAGAGGAGCUGCUCAACAAGGACUUUGCCAAGCUUGCUGACGGCAAACCCGCAGAGAGACCCACCUCCACCGAGGACCUCCUCUCUGGCCUGCAGCCCGGCCCCAACGCCCAGGGCCCCCCCUCCAAGGGCUUCCCCCAAAGCACAGACGUGUUGGGCGGAGAGGACUCUCUCCUGGGCCUGUCUGUGCUCUCUCACCCCUCUAACCCCACGGCUCCACUUCUCUCCUCCGCUGCCCCCCCCUCCUCCGCCGCAGGCGGCCCCUGCCUGGACGACUUUGCCCCCACCGCCGCCGCCCCCAUGGGCUCCGGACAGCCUCCCGCCGCCGACUCUGCUUACCUCAUCUCUGGCUUUGAGCCUGUUGAGGGCAUGGGGGUGAAGGGUGCAGAUGACCAGUUUGACCCCAUCCCCGUCCUCAUCUCCAAAAACUCCAACCAAGAUUUGGAAGGAGAGAGCAAUGGUUACAGCGUGCUUGGAGAAGGUGGAGAGACCGCUGCCAUGGAGGAUAACCUCGAUGGUCCUGAUCGCUGUCUUCACUCAAGUGAGGAGGAGGAGGAGGAGGAGGAGGACGAUGACGACGACAAGGGGGGGGAUGAAGGGAGAGAACAGCGAGUCAUGGGGAGUGCGGUGGAGGUCAUUGCCCACGACUGCAGCGGCUCGCAGCCUCUCCUGCAAGACUCGGAUGAAGAGGACGAGCACAGCCAAUGCUCGGCCCAAUCGCAUGCUGGAGCUGCUCACGCGGCCCUCUUUUCCCAGCAACCCUCUCAGCCUAUGGAUGCCCCCAACCACACCGUUGUCCAGCCAGCCUUACCCCAAGCAGAGACUGACCCGGAGGCUGACCCCUUCGCCAGGGCCCCGUUCAGGGCCGGACAGGAGGAUGGCAGGGGGGUGAUGGCGGCGGUGGAGGAGGAGGCCGACGUGUUCGCCAAGGCCCCCUUCCCACGAGCGCAGCCCGCCACUCAGGCACAGCCGGACGUCUUCCUCCAGGCUCCGUUCGGCCGAAGGACCGUCCACUCCCCGCAGUCCAGCACGCCGCCGCAGCAGCAGCACAGCCCCCACCUGGCCGCCAUGCCUCCCGGGGGUCACGAAGCGGCCAUCUUUGGCCAGGUCGCCCAGCAGCCCUUUCGGCCCCAGGCUCUGGCCAAGUACUCCAGACACUUUGAGGCCGCCGUGUCCCUGCCGUCGAUGAGUGCACCUGUAUCCUCCUCUAUGAGUGCGCCUGUAUCCUCCUCUAUGAGUGCACCUGUAUCCUCCUCUAUGAGUGCGCCUGUAUCCUCCUCGGCUGCCAAGGUGACCCCACACUCCUGGGGAUCAGAGGGUGUCGGGGGCGCUGCAGACCCCUUCAUUUCUGCCCCCUUCCACUUGAAGGGGCCGCAGGAGAAGCCCUGAUCGUGCAAUUCCAUCCCCUUACGCCCCCUGGUGGUCUCCUACCGCGAGUGCACUACACUAGAGGAGACACUGGCUGCUCUAGACUCCAAUUCAAGGCUACAUCUCACUCCCGUCCAGUUCAUUUACUUUCCACCUUGAAGGCAACAGCAACCCUGUAGCAUGCAUAGAAAAAUGCACCUCACAGACAUACGGCCCCGAGAAACUAGUAGGAGAUAGCAUCAGGCCCCAGUGAUGAUCUAGGCCAGAUCCACUCUGCAGUCCAUUGCUAUCUAGUUCUCUAGUGCCCACUAGUGUCCAACUACACGUGUAGCAGCCUCCUGCUGUAGACUAGAGAAUUUCAUUUAUGUGUUGUGAUGUAACUUGUCACCGACUCUCUGUGCCAGUCAUGUUGGAUGGCAGUGCUUUGCUGUCAGCUGGUUCUCAUAUGACUGGUCUCAAGCUUCGUGACGCUAAUUAGUCCUGGGAUGAUGAGGUCACUGUUGUGAAGUCCCACGUUCCCAGCUGGUACUGACGGGCUGUCUUUCCAUGCAGAGUAUUCUUUCUGCCUACCUCAGCUCACUAGAUGUCUGUCAGGCAUAAUCAGCAGACUCCCAUCCUAUGGUAGUGCUUAGCUAGUGUCUACAGUAGGUGUUGCUGUCUGGAUCCGUUGAGGGUUAGUUUUUGUAUCUUUUGUUUUCUUUGUGUGCCUUAAAUGAA